CUUUUUUAUCGCAGACAAAAUGUUGCUGUUGUUGGCCGUUGGACCGACCGUAUAGGCCGCCGCAUGUGUUGUGUGUAAAAUCUGUUAAUUCUACUGAAUAAUUUUGAACCCAGAUAUUUAAGAUAACAAUGGCAAAGAAUGUACGCCGAGCACAGAAUGCAGCAAAACAGAAGUUAUCAAGAUCUAGGGCACAACAAACACCUCAACAUAAACAGGGAAGAGUUGUUAAAAAGCAGAAAGCAAAGGCAAGAAGGACCUCUACAAGGCAGGCUAUCAAGCAGAUCAGGAGGAUGAAGCAAGAAGAUAGUCAACAAAUCAAAAUUAAAAUAACCAAGGAGACUUUUCAGAAAGACACUAAGAAGAAAAAGGUGUGUAAGAAGUUCCGUAGCACGGACUACAAACGGGUCGGUCUGGAUCACCCUACAUCUUCCCCAGCCAUCGGCAAGAUGUCAGAAAAUGACAGGAUAAAGUGCGCCAUGAACGACCUGGCUUCAGGAAGGUUCCGCUUUGUAUCCAAAGCAGCUGCCUACUGGCAGGUGCAUGCUGCCAAGCUCUACCGCCGCCACAGUGGGGGAGUACCACUGGAUGCGAGACGUGGCCCCAAGCGAGUUUUGACUGAGAAGGAAGAGGCAGCCCUUGUUGACUGGGUUGUGACGAUGGGUAAGAAAGGUUUCCCUGUGGCACCUGGAAUGGUCUGUGAUGCUGUGAAGCUGUUCUUCAAGAAGGAGGGAAAUCUCUUCACCAACGACAGACCAUCCCAUACAUGGUAUCAUAAAUUUGUGCGGCGGCAUACCAAGCUACAAGAGGGACUGAAAAUGUCUCGGUUAACAGCCAUUUGUAGGGCAGAUCAGACGAAAACUGUGAUAGAUGAAUGGUUUAAUGAACUCCUUAAAACUUUCACAGACUUACAGGUCACAGACAAGCCCGAAAGAAUCUGGUGCUUCGGCCAGACCGGGUUUGAGUUGAACAAGAGGACACAAAGAAUGGUCAUGACAUGUCGGGCUACAGGGAGAGUGCCAAUGUCUUCCCCUGAGUUGGACGACUACGAGCAGAGGAGGGAGGUUGAGAUUUUUGUCUGCGCUAAUGCAGCAGGUAAUCUCCUGCCUCCCUUCAUCAUUUGUAAAGGUCUUAAACAUGCUCCUAAAGACAGCAGUUUUCUGGACAGUACUCCAAGGGGAUCCAGGGCCUUGUUGCUUGAAGGCUACUCAGCUGGAGAGGACAACUUUGGAAACUGGGUCCAAAACCACUUGAUCCCCAACUUAGGUGAGGAGCGUCCAGUAGUUUUGUUAGUUGACUUGAACGAGAAUGAGAUCAGUUACGGUGCCUAUUCUGCAGCCUCAAGGCAUGGUAUACACCUGUUCCGCAUCCCACCACAAGCUGCGGCAGUCCUCCUGCCUCUGAACAUUGGAGAUGAGGGGGAAUUCAAAUCCAGUUGGCUGAUGAAGUGGGUGAAGGGCAACAGGCACGUCCCUGUGAACUUCAAAAAUGUUGGCAGUGUGAUCAGCGAGGCUUGGCCAAAUGUGGAAAACCCAGAGGCUAUCCGAACCUGCUUCAUACAGUCAGGUGUGUAUCCCCUGGAUCGGGAUAUGGUUGACGAUGAACAUCUCCCAACAGGGGACUUCAAAUUCCUUGAUGGGAUAAAUCUGCCCGAAGACAAGGAUGCGGGAGAUCACAACGAAGACAGUGAAGAUGACAGAAUGGAUGGGGAGGAAGGCAAUAAUGACUCCCUCACCCAGCAACUCUUCCAAGAACACAUCCCUGAGAGCAAGCAGCCCAUCGCUUCACUCCUGCUCUUCCAGAGGCUGGAUGACACCUUGGAGAAGUCCACACGAGAGACCUACCGAACUUGUGUGGAGAGCGGCCUCGAUCUCCUAGAGGACCCUCUUUUCAUUGUCUGGAAGAAACUGUACACGGAAGCCUUCAGGAAUGACCCCAACGUGCCAUUAACAUCAGUGGAGGAAGUCGUUGUAACCACAGAGAAGUGCUCCCAGCAGGAGGCCAGGGACUCCAUCCUAGUGGAAGGACUCGGUCAAGAAGAUGGUGAGAGGGCAAUCUGUCCUGUCUGCAAGGAGCAGUUUGGUGAUGAUGAGGAAGAGUGGAUUUGCUGUGAUGGAGAUUGUCAGAUGUGGUUCCACGUUCACUGUCUUCCACCAGAGCUUGUAACACCAGCCAUACUGGAGGAUAAGGAAAUGUUCUGUCCACAAUGCACUAAAUCAAGAAAGGCCCAAGAGGAAUAUGUUCAGGAGUGAUGGACAAGUUUCAUUCCUAUUUCAACGAUGGACCAAUUGCCAACUGCAAGCAGGCUCUCACUGUAGGCCCCACCUAAACAGUGUCUUCGAGAAAACUAUAAAUGUGGCAUUGUUCCUUAGUAAUCACCAGUGCGAUCCCAGACUAUGUCAGUUUCCCUUAGUUUUUGCCUCGUGUUUCAAGGCAAUGCAGUCAUUAUUUUGUAUUUAUAAUGGGUGAGACUUGUCAGGAUUUUUUCUGAAUUCAGGACUUUUCAUCAGCAUUUUCCUGAUCUCAGGAUUUUGUUAACAAUCUCUUUUGACAUUUUGAAAGUCCAGAGUUUACCUCUUAGAUGUUUUUGCGUACAAAAAGUGAUGGAGGUACAACACAAGAGAUUGGUAUUUUAACCCUAACCAUCCUCAAUCUUCCAAAAUGCUCCGGGUGAUUUUGGGGGAUCGAGGUUGCAUGCAGUGUGAAUUAUUGGAGGAUUUUGGAGGAUUGAGGGUAUAUCUCAGCCAAAAGGGCCUAAGCAGUUAGGGUAAAGGGGUGUCCUGACGCAAACACAAAUGUAGACCCUAGACCCUCUCCUAGCUGUUUUGGGGUCCUCAAAACCUCUGGUGAUUAUUUCCUGGAUAUUUGAUUUUUCUCCAAUCUUGUCCCCGAUAUAACAUUUUCCCACGUUUCAAUUUCACAUCCAACCCCCCCCCC